AAGGCUCUCUAUCUUCACAGGGAGACCGACAGAAGAAACAUGACAUUUGGAGGCAGUGGACUUGCUUCAGAUUCAUGCCUUUGCGUUUGCUAAUUUUGUGAGUUGAGAACAUCCAUUCAAGAUGUCAACACUGAGAAUUUGGCUAACGCAAGCUUUGUUUAUUUUCCUCAUCACUGAAUCUAUAGGUCAACUUGUGGAACCAUGCGGUUAUAUCUACCCCGAAUUUCCGGUUGUACAGCGUGGCUCUAACUUCACUGCCAUUUGUGUGCUAAAGGAAAAGUGUCUUCAGCAGUACUAUGUGAAUGCAAGUUACAUCGUGUGGAAGACAAACCAUGUUGCUGUUCCCAAGGAGCAGGUCACUGUCAUCAACAGAACCACGUCUAGUGUCACCUUCACAGACAUGGUCCUCCAGACGGUGCAACUCACCUGCAAUGUCCUGUCAUUUGGGCAGAUCGAGCAGAACGUGUAUGGAACCACCGUACUUUCAGGCUUUCCCCCAGAUAUACCUACAAAUUUGAGUUGCAUUGUGAAUGAAGGGAAGAAUAUGCUGUGUCAUUGGGACCCAGGAAGGGAGACAUACCUGGAAACAAACUACACUUUGAAAUCGGAGUGGCCAACAGAGAAGUUCGCUGAUUGUCACUCAAAACAUGGCACCUCAUGCAUGGUUAGCUUUUCUCCUAUCUAUUUUGUCAACAUUGAAGUCUGGGUGGAAGCAGAAAAUGCCCUCGGGAAGGUCUCAUCAGAGGCUAUCAAUUUUGAUCCCGUGGAUAAAGUGAAACACAUCCCACCAUAUAAUUUAUCAGUGAGCAACUCAGAGGAAUUGUCCAGUAUAUUAAAGCUAACAUGGAACAAUUCAGGUACCUUAAGGCUGAAAUCUGACAUUCAAUAUAGGACCAAAGAUGCUUCAACUUGGAUCCAGGUCCCUCUUGAAGAUACAGAGUCUCCCCGAACAUCCUUCACUGUCCAGGACCUUAAACCUUUUACAGAAUAUGUGUUCAGGAUUCGCACCAUCAAGGAGGAUGGCAAAGGCUACUGGAGUGACUGGAGUGAGGAAGCAAGUGGAAUCACAUAUGAAGACAGACCAUCCAAACCACCAAGUUUCUGGUAUAAGAUAAAUCCAUCCCAUACUCAGGAAUCUAGAUCUGCACGGCUCAUAUGGAAGGAAUUACCUCUUUCUGAAGCCAAUGGAAAAAUCUUGGAUUAUGAAGUGAUUCUUACACAGUGGAAAUCAUUUUCACAAAAUUACACCGUUAAUGGUACAGAAUUGAUAGUAAAUCUCACAAAUAAUCACUAUAUAGCAUCGCUAGCAGCAAGAAAUGUAGUUGGCAAAUCAGAUACGGCUGUCCUCACCAUCCCCAGCUCCCACUUCAAAGCUUCUCACCCUGUAGUGGAUCUUAAAGCAUUCCCAAAAGAUAAUAAACUCAGGGUAGAAUGGACUGCUCCACAUAAACCUGUGAAGAAAUACAUUAUCGAGUGGUGUGUGCUGUCGGAUAACUCACCCUGUGUCCCAGAUUGGCAGCAAGAAGGUGGCAGUGUGACACAAACCUACUUAAGAGGAAGCCUCCUGGAGAGCAAAUGCUAUUUGAUCACUGUGACGCCGGUGUUUACCAGUGGGCCCGGGAGCUCUGAGUCGGUAAAGGCCUACCUCAAACAAGCCGCACCUUCUAGAGGACCUACUGUUCGGACAAAGAAAGUGGGGAAGAAUGAAGCUGUCUUAGAAUGGGACCAACUUCCUGUUGAUGACCAGAAUGGAUUUAUUAGAAACUACUCUAUAUCUUACAGAACCAGUAUUGGAAAUGAAAUUGUUGUGAAUGUGGAUUCUUCCCACACAGAAUAUACACUGUCCCCUUUGAGUAGUGAUACACUGUACAUGGUACGAAUGGCAGCGUACACAGAUGAAGGUGGAAAGGAUGGUCCAGAGUUCACGUUUACAACACCAAAGUUUGCUCAAGGAGAAAUAGAAGCCAUAGUGGUACCUGUGUGCUUAGCAUUCCUCUUGACAACGCUUCUGGGAGUCUUGUUCUGCUUUAAUAAACGAGAUCUAAUUAAAAAACACAUCUGGCCUAAUGUUCCAGAUCCUUCAAAGAGUCAUAUUGCUCAGUGGUCACCUCACACUCCCCCAAGGCACAAUUUUAACUCCAAAGAUCAAAUGUAUUCAGAUGGCAAUUUCACUGAUGUGAGUGUUGUGGAAAUAGAAGCAAACAACAAAAAGCCUUGUCCAGAUGAUCUGAAAUCAUUGGACCUAUUCAAGAAGGAAAAAAUAAGUACAGAAGGUCACAGCAGUGGCAUUGGGGGAUCUUCAUGCAUGUCAUCUUCCAGGCCCAGCAUCUCCAGCAAUGAGGAGAAUGAGUCUGCUCAGAACACCGCGAGCACUGUCCAGUACUCCACUGUGGUGCACAGUGGCUACAGGCACCAGGUCCCCUCAGUCCAAGUCUUCUCAAGGUCCGAGUCCACCCAGCCCCUGUUAGACUCCGAAGAGAGGCCAGAGGAUCUGCAAUUGGCAGAUAAUGUAGACAGCAGUGAUGAGAUUUUGCCCAGGCAACAGUAUUUCAAACAGAACUGUAGUCAACCUGAAGCCAAUCCAGAUAUUUCACAUUUUGAAAGGUCAAACCAAGUUUCAUCGGGCAGUGAGGAGGAUUUUGUCAGACUGAAACAGCAGCAGGUUUCAGAUCACAUCUCACAGCCCUGUGGCUCUGAGCAGCAGAGACUGUUUGAGGAAGGUCCUGCCACAGGUGCUCUUGGCGCAGGCACUGAUGGACAAGUAGAGCAGUUUGAAUCAGUUGGAAUGGAGACUGCGAUGGAUGAAGAAAUUCCUAAAAGUUACUUGCCACAGACUGUAAGACAAGGUGGCUACAUGCCGCAGUGAAAUUCUGGCUCCUGCAAAGCUUUAGUGGGACCUAUAAAGGAAAGCUAAAACACUCAUCUGUGACUUAAGAUGGAAAGUCAUCUUUACUCCCUGAAGAUAGUCAUUGCCCUUAAGGACAAAGUCACAACUGGGCCAUCUCCAUUCCAGAGUGUCUGGGAUCCUCCUUCAAGCACUACAUGAACUGACUCUGUCCUCUAAAUGGCUGAAGUACUCUGUGCUGUUUGGAUGUUUGCACUGAAGAAAAUGUGUGUCUGAGAUUUACAAAGCUUUAUAAAGCUUUUUGUUUUGCUGCACAGAAAAGGGAAUUCAAAUGAGCUGUGGCGUAGUACAGCUGUACUGAUUUUAAUAAGACCAGUCAUCUAGAUGCCAGGUGCAAAGUCCUAGCCCAUUCUCAGCCAACAGCAUCAUUUAAAAGUGCUAUAGGUCAGACUGUCCAGAUUUUGUCAUCUGGCAAAAGAAGUAGUGAGGGCAGGUUCAUUUCUGGUUCUACCAGUUAGAGAAUAUUUGGCUUGCUCCCUGCUGUUUUUUAUCAACAUUGCUAGUUGUUACUUAAGAAAGGGAUGAACUUGAAAAAUGAGCAAUGUAGACGUUCCCAUUUUCUUAAUAUUACCCAAAACUUCAUAGAAAUCUGGUCAUUAUUGAUAACCUCUGUGGGGGACCAAAUGGGUCAUGACAAACCUCUUUCAAAUUCAGUUUCACCAACCCUGUAGAGAGCGCUGACGGGGCCAGCAGUGGACACUGGAAACUAUGUCAAGCAUUUAAAAAUUGCUGUUUAAGCUGUGUUUUCUGAACACAAACACCAGGACAGAUGAUCCCAAAAGUUGGAUGAGGAGGCACUUUAUACAGUAUGUCUUCAGCUUAAAAUUGUUUUAAUUGGCUCCAUCUUGUUUUUAUUUCCAAGAAUAGUAAGGAGGUGUUUAUUGAAGGGCAGCAUUCGCCACAGCCACAAGCAGCACCCCAAACACACACUGAUCUCAGUAACCGCCCAUGGUGGAGGUCCAUGUUGUACAGAGCUGAAGAAGCCGUAAGGGUUUUGUAAAGUUUGCUGAGUGGGGAUUGAACCCAUGGCCUUGUACAUGCUAGACAUUCACUCUACCACUGAGCUACCCACCCACACAUCUCAUUCUGUUGUUUAGGCUCAAGUGAUCCUCCUGUCCCAGCUUCCUGAGGAUCUGGGACUUUGGGUAUGUGCUGUCACACCCAACAAAAGAUGGUAUUUUUGAUAUCUGCCAUUUCUGAGGUAGAGUUUUACAUGUGACUUAGGAAUAUUUAAACCUAGUCCUGGUUGCUUUGUUAAAGGAACAAUCCAGGUAUGCAGGGUUUAGCACUAAAGCCAUUAAUGUAUUUGUGCCUAACUUCCCAGUGUGACAUGGAGGCAGGGGCUGAAGUAGAAGUGGCUUCUCCGUUAGUGGCCGAUUACCACUAAAUGUGCUCACAGGAAAAGCUCUGAAGUGUCAGAGCAUGGGCACACUUAAAUACUUCCUAGAGUUACCAAACAAAAGGCUAAGAAGGGUCAGUACUCAUUGGGGUGGAUGCAGUUUUAUAUUACACUUGCUGAACAUAUCAUUUAUAUUUUUAUAACAGCUAAUACUUUCUGAGUUCUUUCACAUGUAUAUCCUUGUGAGACAGUAGACAGUUCUGUCCUCAUAUCCAGUUGUCCACUUUGCAAAACCAACCUGAAACUGGGAAAAUGGCAGAAUUGAAUCAGGCUCAGAGGUUAGGUGCGGUCAAAGACCAGAAUUCACACUACAUGCAAUGGCAUCACCACCCUUGAGCUGGACAUCAAAGCUUGGUCUGCUCAGGACUGAAUUUUCUAUGUAAGUCAAGAGAUUAACACUUGCUAAAGUUUUUCAUUUUCUCACAGAAGGUAGUCUAGUCAUGUUACUGUAUUCAUGUUUAGCUGUAACUUUCCUCCUAUCAAAUAGUGGUGCUGUGAACUUUGUAGUGUGAAGUAUACACUGGGGUAGGGGCAAUUAUCUAAUGUGAGUUCAUGAAUGAGCAUGAGAGAUCAUUGAAGGAAGAACCUCAAUGAAGCAAGUUUGCAUGUUGAAUCCCAGUGAGCCAGUGCCCCCACCAACAGAGAUGGUUGUGUGGCUACAACAUGAAAACUCAGAGAGUAUAUAAUGAAUCAGUUUUGUCCUGAGAGAGAAAACCAGUCAUAAAUCUUGUCUUAAAUAUAGACUUUUCUACAGCAUGUUUUAGAAUAAUCUAGAUGCAUGUGUUUUAGGUAGGCAAAGAAACUAAUUCUGGCUUCUUUAUGUAAAACCAGUGUAAUAAAGCUAGUUGUGUAGUUACUCUUUAA